AAAGAGAGAGAGGGGAGGAGGGAGCCGUCGCCGCCAUCUUGUGUGAGGGAGCGACCGGAUCAGCCAGCCAGGAAGAAAAGAAGGAAGCAGGGAGGGAAGGAAGCAGCUAGUCAGCCGCCGACCCACCGCGGAGGAGCCGCCAUGAACCCCGAGUAUGACUACCUGUUCAAGCUGCUUCUGAUUGGCGACUCCGGCGUGGGGAAGUCCUGCCUCUUGCUACGGUUCGCUGAUGACACCUACACAGAAAGCUACAUUAGCACCAUCGGGGUGGACUUCAAAAUUCGCACCAUCGAGCUGGAUGGCAAAACCAUCAAACUGCAAAUUUGGGACACGGCUGGGCAAGAACGGUUCCGAACCAUCACCUCCAGCUACUACCGAGGGGCACACGGCAUCAUUGUGGUGUAUGAUGUGACGGAUCAGGAAUCCUACAACAACGUGAAGCAGUGGCUGCAGGAAAUCGAGCGCUACGCCAGUGAGAAUGUCAACAAGCUCCUUGUGGGCAACAAAUGCGACUUGACCACGAAGAAGGUGGUGGACUACACGACCGCCAAGGAGUUCGCAGACUCCCUUGGGAUCCCCUUCCUGGAGACGAGCGCCAAGAACGCCACCAACGUGGAGCAGUCGUUCAUGACGAUGGCGGCCGAGAUCAAGAAGCGCAUGGGCCCCGGAGCCACAGCGGGCGGAGACAGACCCAACCUGAAAAUCGACAGCACUCCGGUCAAACAGGGAGGCGGCGGCUGCUGCUGAGGAGGAGGGACAUGAUCGUGUCGGAAGGGAGGGGGCUGGGACCUGGGGCAGGCUGGGGAGAGGGAGCCUGCCCCUGCCCCUGCUGUCCAGCCCCCCCCUCCUGCUUUUCUUCUUCUCUGAAGGUGGCUUUCCCGGAUGAUACCUCGCCGGAGGGGGACGGGGCCUCCCUCCCCUUCCAGCUCAGCUGCUCAGAGUGCUGUUGAGUUCCCUUGGCCUGUAUCUUUAUUUUUUCCCCACUUAAGUCUGUAUGGGAUUGGGGGUGGGGGAGGCAGUGGGUUUGGGGGUGGGUGGGCUCUGUACAGGCCAAAGGCUUCCUGACCACUUGGGGAGGAGGGGGUGAUGCUUGCUCAUCUGCCUUGUGGAGGGGGGGGGCGGCGCUCUCCCCCACUGGCCCCGUAGGCGAGGUCUGGGCAAUGGUUCUCUUCGCUGGUUUCGUUUUGCUGCCCUUCUAAUCUCCUUCCAUUCCUCCUCCCCCCCUUGUGAUUUUUCUAAUCUGGGGCAGAGCUUUCAACUCUUUCCCUGCUGCCCCCUUUUCCCUGCUGCCCCAUGGAUUUUUCCGUCUCUGCUGUGGGCAGGCCUGAGUUCCUGUCUGUGUGUCAUCCCUCCUGCUGGCAUAUGAUUGGUGGCUCGCUUGUGGGGAGGGUUUAGCUGGCAGAAGGCUGGGGUACGUCUCUGUGUGUGUCUCUCCCACCCACCUCUCCAAACUCCCAUUUUGGGAAGGCACAGUGGCCUUCCACGGCCAUCCCUCCACACGCCGUGACUUCUUCCUUCCUGGCUAUGACAGGGGCUUGGUAUUUCCUGUCCAAUCGCCCCUUGAAUCCCACCGUUUUGUUCUACCACUACGUCAUUUCUCCCACCAUCGCCUCUCACUGCUGUUCCUGAAACUCUUCCUCUCAGGGCCCCCCUGUUCCACAGCCCCGCCCCUUCCUUUCUCCACCCUCACUUCCCCUCCACCCCCUGGCCGUGUUUCUCAGCCUGCUCUAGGAAUGGACCUCACGCUGACCUCUCACAGGAGGGGCAUUUGUCCUAUGGCCUCCCUCCCUCCUUCACUAGCACUGCUGCUUCCUCGCCCAAGCGGCGGGUAGUACGUGUCAAGCUAAUUUCUAACUCUUAACUCUUCCUCAAGCCUGAAGUGGGAGGAAGGGGAGAUGGUUGAGGCGGGGGGGGGCUUCCCCAGCUUCUGCAUUCCACAGUUAAUGAAUGUAUCCUUGGACAGCUGGGCCACCUCUGCGCUUUGUGAGCAGCUUCAGGCACGAUCCGAGUGCAGCCCCACUCGCCUUUGGCCACCUUGGCAUCCUUCAAUCCCAACCUUCCUCUCAGUCCCUUGCUGGUUUUGCAGGGGGCUAUGUAGCUGGAUCCUUUCAUUUGCACCCACACUUUUUCUCCCAGUAUCAAUGACCAAAUUGAAGCCCAUCCGUCCCCCUGGUGCUGGGCCAUGGCUCCCAAGAAUGCUCUACUGUGUGUGUGUGUCUCUGUAUGUGCGUCUCUCUCUCUCUUAGCACCAGGAAGCUGCAUUUUCCAAAUUGCUUCACUGCCCUGUUCAUCACUUCACCUCUCCUGUUCCCUUCUCCCCCACCCCCUCUUUAUUUAAGGAACGUCAGGGACCCCGCUGGGCCAGGCAGUGGGUGGAAAGUUUUGUUUGUCAGCUUUUUUUUUCACAAGUGAAAUUAAAUACACAAAUGAGAGGAAAAGAGAAAAGGAAAAAAAUAAAUAAAACAUAACCAGCCUCUGCAAAAUGAGGGAUUUUCAGGCCUG